UUGAAGUGGUCACCUACUGGCUUUUGAAUUUUACCAUUCCUGAUGUCCGAUUUGUGUCCAUUUAUUGGAGCUAUUGGGCCAGCUCAUUAAAAUGGCCACUCUGAUUACCAUUUAACCCGGGGUUAGUCUGGUUUAGCGUAAAUCACUAGGAACUGUUGAUGCUAUAUUGAAAUCAGCUGCUCUAAACCAAAAGCUGAGCAGCCCCACGGGUUUGCAGCCAUUAAACUAAAGGGUUUAAAAACCCCUUUUGAGUUAAACUCAGGACCGUCUCUAGGCACCAGCAAAGCAAGCAUGUGCUUGGGGCAGCGAAAAACCUCGAGUCGACCCUGGUGGCACAGAUGGCUGCACUGAAUACAGCAGGACUGUGGAUUCGCUCUCUUCGUGUCACAUCUUUCAAAGUGUUUUGCGAGGCGGCUGCGGGGUUAGGUUGCUGCUGCGGGCGGGAGGCAGACGGGGACCUCGCCGCGUAACCUGGGGCGAGUGUGCCAUGAAGUGCACCGGGGUAGGUAUUUCUGGGGAUGGUGGACAGUGACUACCUGGAUAGGAGGAUGUAUAAAAACCCCCGAGUGCUGCCUUGAGGAAUUUCUCUGUCCUGGAAGGGCCACUGCCCCUGCGAACCCUCUGUGUUUCCAGCUGAGAUCAGCUGUGUCAGGUCUGGGCCCCAUCAGCUGCUGUAAUCUGUGUUGGGCAUCUCUGAGGGACAACUGUACUUCAUGAGGCUGUCAAUGUUUUAAUCUCUGUCACUGGGUAGAAAAUCCCACCUGGACCCCAAGGGACCUGGGCUCGCUACCCAGGGGGAGCCAAGGCGCAAGGGGGGAGCCUUGGCCCUUCCCCUUGGCCAGCUCUUAGAGGAGACCCCCCCCACUCCCCAGCCCAGGAGCUAUUGGGCUGGGGCUCCUUCAUACCUGCCCAAAGGGGCAGCCCCAGGUUAGAGUCCCAGCAUGGGGAGGGGGCGCUCCCCGAGCCCCCAGGCCAGGCAGCAGCGCCCUCUGUGCGCCAAGCCGAGGCCUGCCCACAGAGCACCCCACCACCCAUGUCUCCUCUGCCCCAGGACAGGUGCCCUACUGGAAAGCGGGGCCUGUCCCUCGGCCGCCUCAUUAGGAAAAUUCUGGCUGCACCUCUGGGGGUGCGACAGUGGAACUUGUUGUACCUAGGCAAUGUCAAAAUGCACCAAGGAAAAACUGGGGUAAUGGGGGGGGGUGCAGAGGACACAAGUUAUGCAGAUCGCUCUGAUUCUAUAGAAAUGUCAGCUGGUAUUUCAACCACAGACGUGAUGCCGGGUGGAGGUUUUAUCUCUCUAAAUGGCUGUAGAAAGACUUUUGCCAUAGAGUUAAAAGAACUGCAUUGUUACCAUGUGUUUGGGGGCUUUUCCUGUAGCCAGGAGGGGAGGGGAGGGCAGUGCUGCUGUUGAACUACCAUUCAGUUGGGAUUGGGGGGGAGGGGUGUCUUUAAUUCAAUAUUAAAACCUUGCUCCCUAGGUUGCAGCAGUCUUCCCUCAAGCCAGGCCAGGAGGCGCAGAGGUGGAAAGGCGCAUUGCCCAGUGCUCUUGCGUUUCCUGACAGAUGCUUAACCCAUGCAGUGCUGUGGCGGAGGGUCGCGGUGUCUCACCCUUCAGAACAGGGGGUCAGUAAAGCCCCCGCUGGCUGGCGGGCAUGCCCCGGGCAGGGCAGAGCAAAACAAAACAACAAAACACUGCAAAGUACAAACGUGUAAAAGCCAAAAAGGGGGUGGCCAAAAUUUUUUUUGCUUGGGGCGGCAAAAAACCUUAGAGCCAGCCCUGGUUAAACCAGCACAACGCUCUCAAGCAGCCCAGGCCUAGGCAGGGCUGGUGCUUGCAGUGCGAGGACCCAGACCUCUAGCUUCAGCUGCCCCCUUGUAGAACCCUGCUCCAAGGCUUUGAGGCCAUUGCCAGGAACACAUUUAGGGGUUGCCUGUUGGCUGGGUCCCCAGCCCAGCACUUUAGCUCUGGGGGAGCCCACAGCAAACAAAGCGCAGUAGUUGUUAGUAGGCAGUUCCUUUUCUGGAACCAGGGUGUACUCCAAUGGGGCGAAUACUGGGGCUGGGGCAAGGAGACAUGGCUUUGGCGGUUUUGUGGCCACAGAAAGCCUGGGGGAAAGACUGACAUGUUACCCUCCCUCAUGCACAGGGGUAAAGGAGAGGUGAGCAGGGCCAAUCCCAUAGCCACAAGGUUAAGCAGAUUAAGUCAGAUAGGCACAACAGAGCCUGGAGGGGAUGGGGCUGGGGGCAGGUAGUGCUGCCCUGUUGCCCCAAGGAAUCCAGUGUGUUUAUGUUGCUGUGUCAGGUGGUUUUGCCUCUUUUGAAGGGGAAGGUGCUGGAGCAGAAGCAGAGCCUGGGGUGAAAGGAGGCUGAGGGAAGCAGUGUUGGGGGAGAGGCUGGGGUUGGGGACAAGGACGAUGGGGAUCAGUGCAUUUCAGUGAGCUGGGGUAAGGGAGAUGGAUUAGGAUGGUUACUGACACAAAGGGGAGGCAGGAUGGCACAGUGCUUAGGGCUCUAGCUUAGGAUUCAGGAACAGCCAUGUUCACUGUUCUGGUCUGCCACUGGUGUCUCCUGUGACCUUGGCCAGCCACUGGCAUCCUGUGUGACCCCAGGCUGCCAAAUCUCAUGUCAUCCUGGUCUGCUGCAUGCAUCCCAUAUCCCUGGCUGGGUGGGUGAACUUUAAGCACUCUCUAACAAAGCUGCUGCUCUUGCAUUAGGCUAGACACCCUCUCAUCCAUUUUAAGCACUGGUCUCUCCCAGUGCCAUCCAUAAGUCUCAGAAGAAAAUGGGGUUGGCCCCAUGGCUUAUCUGGUCAUCCCUUCUGCACUGAGGCUGCCUGUCCAUCCAUGGGGUGCUGUCUGUGAGCUGGUGUGUGGGGCCCAGCAGCCCGAGACAGAAGGGCUUUCCCUCUUGACCCACCAGGUGAGCCUCAACCCUGAGCUGCCCAGGUCUGCUCUGGGGGUGGAAGCUGAUGCACAUGACCUAAUUCCCUCCUGUUGGUAUUUUUAUCCCCUCCCCUGCCAGCACCUCUCUCUGGUGCCUGCUGCGUGCUGUAAACAACAGUCACUGACAGCCCUUUUUCGCUCAAUGCCUUGUGUGCUGCUCCAUGGAAAUCAGUUGCAGCCUGCAUCGUGAGAGGACACUGUCCCCCAACUGGCCUGGGACCCUCUCCCAGGCCAGCACAGCUUCUCGGGAGCAGCUAGCUCCUGGAUGUCUAUCUUCCCCUCCCUCUUCUCUCCAACAGAAACCUGUUUGUCAAGGCCACCAAAGCGAUGGUGUGUGGCUGCAAGUGAGGAGCAGGCCAGACUGCAAAGGAGGAUGAAGGACGUGUUCGCUAGCCAAUCUGAGGAGCAGGAGGACAGCUCCACCACCCUGUGCCCCCUGUCAGGGGCACCUGCUUAGCAAUGUUGCUGACGCACAGCUGUGAUACCAGGCCCCCUUUGUGAAACAGCUGGUGAGAUCAUCUUUCCUGCAGCCCUCACAGCAAAUGGGCUUCAUGGACACAGCAGCUGGGGAUGGCCCCUCGCCCCACUGAGACCAUGUCAGAAGGGCUGCGCGGGGAGCCAGAGGCAGACUGCCCAGUUUGCUGGAACCCCUACAACAACACCUUCCGUACCCCAAAGCUCCUGGAGUGCCAGCAUUCCUUUUGCAUUGAGUGCCUGGCACACCUGAGCCUGGUGUCCCCUGCCCGCAACCGGCUGCAAUGCCCACUCUGCCGCCACCCCACAGUGCUCCCCUUCAACCAGCCCAUCACCGAGCUGCCCACCAACUCGGAUGUCCUGCGGCUGCUCAAACUGGAGCCCAACCAUAUCAUCCUGGAGGGCCGGCAGCUGUGCCUAAAGGAUGAGCGGAAAUCACGGUACUUCCUGCGCCAGCCCAGAGUUUAUACCCUCAACCUGGGAACAGAUCCAGGGCCCAGGCUAGGUAGCUCCCAGGCUUCCCUUAGGCCGACCUCCAUCCCCAGCCGCUCUUCCCUUCAGCAGUGCAUCCGUAACCCCCAGUUCCGCAUCUUUGCCUACCUGAUGGCCAUCAUCCUCAGCAUGACACUGCUGCUCAUCUUCUCCAUCUUCUGGACGAAGCAGUUCCUGUGGGGCAUAGGCUGAGGGCUUGGCAAGCCCCACAACUGGAACCCAGAGCUCAACAUCUUCUCAGACAGCAAAAGGACCCCGGUGACAUCAGCUACUUGGCAUCUGCUCUGGGCAGGGGAGUCCUCUCUGCACCCUCCAGGACCAUCUCAGUGAUACACCCAGCCAUACUAGUCGUCUGGCUGCACCCCAAGACCUGGGGGUUCCCCGGCAGCCACGCUGAGCAUUGUGCACCAACAGCAGCAGAAUCUGUACGAUGUUCUGGAACUGCCCCAUCAGCUGAAGCUCUUUGCUGCCUGUCAUGGGGUCUGGGGCCCCGACACAAGCUCCAAGGCGCUAUGGGAAUAUAGAUGCUCAUAGUAGUGGGCAACAAGGCCAUUAUACUGGACGGCCAGGACUCAAGAGGAGGGGAUACUGCAAAUCCCAGCCCAGGAGGAAUGAGCCAGAACCUUAUGGAAAGUGAAGAUUUCUAGAGGCUCACCUGAGACUCAUCUUCUUGCCUCUUCUGGGAUAAUACCACCAAGGACAACAUGCAGGCCAGGACAUUCAUGUCCACAGACUGACACCACCUGUUGUGACAAAGGUCCUCACGGGGGGGGGAGGGGUUUGCGCUUUUCCCAUCUGCUGGAUAAGCAGACCCCUGGCCCACAGCAAAGACCUGCAAGAAAUUUAAUCUUUUGUCUUUUUGAGCUAAUUGUUGCACUUUUUUGUUGUUUGUUUACAAUCAAACACAUUCAGCUCCUGUGCCAGGGCCCCAGCUCCUCCUCUGCUCUCACCCCUCAACUUCACUUUCUUUUCCAGAGGCAAGGAAAUAAAUGUGAACGGUUUCCAUUCCCAUGGAGCAGACACGAAUUGCCUGAACAGAGAGCGCACCAGUAUCUGUCCUGUUUCCUUGUCCUGCCUCUAGAUUAAGUCCAGUGGGCUCAGAUUGCAGCAGCUCCAUUUGAACGGCAGCACGGUGAAGGCUGUUCCAACCCCUCAGGUUUGCACUGACACGAUUCCUCAGCUGUGCCUGUUCUGCACCAAGAUGGGCUGAGUAGCAGUGAGUGUUCCCCACUGUGUACCUGGCUGGUACUCUCACUGUGGGUAACUGCAUUAGGCCCCAGGAGUGCUCAGUGUCUACACAGCCUGAGCAGCUUUGUUUCUUUAACAUUUGCUCCAUCAGCCCCAUCAGAAGUUGAGCUUUAGCCAUACUGAGCAGCCCUGGGCCUCGCUAACGUGGAUGGGAGACCUUCAGGGAAGCAAUAGCCAUGAGCCAGUCUCUUCCCUUUGCCUCAGCACUCAACCAGUUUUGGAGGUGCUGCCUUUACCAGGUGAGACCUCGGGCCCCAGGCAGUCAAUGAAAAGCAGGUGUGGCAGCCACUGGCACAUGCCAGGUGGGAUAAUUACAUUCUGCUUCCUGCAGUAAGAGUUAUGGAAGUUUGGCCUCAUGUCCUUCCCCAGACCGUUGGGGAGGUUUACUCUGUGCUGUCAUGCAGUAGGUGUGUUUCACCUCAGAGCUGGCUGCAUUUCAGGAGUGGAAGCUGCAAUCCGAGAGGUAGGAACAUACUUGCAAAAAUGCUGGAAUUCAACUGCCACAACUGGGGAACGGCCCCACUUUAACCAGUUUGUUCGGCCAUCAGAAAAGGCCUCGGCCUGCACAGUGUCAUGGGGAAGAGGGUAAACCUUCCUUCUUGCUGCAGGCUGUACCCCACCACCCCAUUGGCGGCUCAGGUCUCCAUCAUAGCAGGCAAGUCCUGUUGGUGUGUGUGAAAGGGGGCAGGUAAUGUGAUGAUGGGACCCAUUGCUCCUCUCAGCAUAUUGACCCAUCCCUUCUGCUGCAGAGAUUGACAAGUCUGGACUCCUUUGUGGGGAAUGAUAGCCUGAGGGAUGGGGUGAGGCCAGGAGAAAAGAAAAUAGAAGCUGGAGUCACUAUAAGGGACUGGAUGGCUUCAGGAGUGGAGGCUGCUGCUUUGGAUCCAGUUGUUGCCAUCUGAGAGCUGUCAUGGGCCUCUCUACAAUGAAUUCCAUGCUCAGCAGGCGGGUGGCUACAUUUAUUUAAUAAAGCAAGUCCUGCUAGGUUAGAGUUCAGCUAGAUCUCAGCCUGUUCUAGCAGCAGCUCCUUCUGCUGGCACCUCUAUCUAAGGUCACUGUAGCUGAUACAACCCAGAGGGACAGGGCUGGGUAGCUGUAGGGAACUCAGUCAAAUGAUGUAUUGCUGCUCAAUCAUGUCAUUUCUGUUUGCCUGUAAACUACAGUGUAACCUGGUUUAAGGUACUGUCCAGAAGACCAAACAUCAGUUGCUUAGUAGAGAUGGAUCUUAAAAGAGCAAAUAAAUUGGACUGGAUAGCUCAGGGGACAUUUUAAGUGGUGUCUCCCAGCUGGGACUGACUGAAAGUAGGGUCCCUAGUGCAGGUCUCACUGUACAGACUGGGAUUAUGGUAGGACUUGUUUUAGGUUUAUAUGCAAAGUCUGUGCUGCCCUUUAGCGGUAUGUUGCCACUGCAAUCCCUGGGCGGAAAGAUGGCCACUCCUAGCAGACUACAUGCAGGGCAUUGGUCAGCUGCCAUUGUUUCCUCAGGGUAACCCUCUCAAUAAUGAAUUAGAGGUGAUGGGGCAAAAAGCAGGUGAGAGCAGAUGCUUUAUGUAGUCAGCUAGAGAGGCAAGGAGUAACCCCACUUCCUCAGCCAAAAGGGGCCUAUUUCAUUCCUUUUCACUAACCAUGAUCCCUCAUAGUACUUAGGGAACUGGUGGUGGUGAAGAACUACGCUGCUCCAGGCAUGUACUGCUACUCUCGAAGGAAUGGGAGAAGAGGACGCUGCUUCUCCCUGGCUGGGGGCACCUUUCAGAGACAGCCCCACAAAGAGAUCAGCUUUUCCACACCACAUGGCUAUCUCCCUCACCCUGUUUAAUGCACUGGUUAGUGCAUACAAACAAAACACAGGGAAGGGUGUAACUGAGAACAAGCAACCCUGUAUCACCCACCCACUCUCACAAAUACAUACACUGCUACAUGCAAGGUUCUUAUAUUGCUGAUCAACAUGCAGGGAGAGAAGAGGGACAACAGCUGGCCUAGUGCCUCCCCCUGUAAUAGGACUGCUUCCUAGGUGCACAGCUGUGGCUGGUAACAGAUGCUGCAGGCCCCUCCCCCACACAGCUCCUGCACAACCAAGGUGAGCAGAUACUGAGGUCACAACAGGUUUCUUAGAAACCGGCACCUGCAAAACAUCACUGGGAAGAUUUGAGAAAGUGAACGUUCUCUACAGUGGGUGGCUAAAGCAAGAACCUUAAAAUGAAACAAACGCAAGAAAACUGUAACUGACAUCUCUGUAUGCACUCCCGGCAGACUUGCAGGCACCUUAAGCGGGAGAAGUCCAAGUUAUUUGAAAAUUUGUGGUUUAAUACUCUGAAGUAUCAGAGAGGCAGAAGGGGAUCUAGGGCAGUGGGCAGUUCAAGCCUGAUUUUGCGUGAAGAGAAAACUCCCUUCUGCCCUACUGCUUAAAAUUCACCCACAGCAGAUGCUUAAGGGGGCAUGGGCUUCCACACUGCAGAGAUCCAGUCUCUGUGCUGGGAGAACCAAUGUGCCAUAUUUAAAUGACUGAAGCAGCUGGCUCUUUGCCAAAAGCAAGAUCAUUCAGGCUCCACAGCUGGGGAAAGUCUCCUACAAAACUGAUCUUGAGGGUGAUGCCAACUGAUGGGUUUUAUGGUACAGUACAUCUGAAGGGGUGCGUGGGUAUUUACAAACAUGUAUAACAAAGAGUAAAGCCCAUGAUGAAGGGGUGGUAGAGUAGAUGGCUCUCCCCAGAGCCAGGGGGUAGAGAUUAUACAAAUCAUACAAGGUGAGGUUACAGAAUCACUCCAGCUCAGAUCAACUCUGACUUUGGCCAACUCCCAGCACAGGGGAUGCACCAGCACCAUGGGGAAGCCGUCAUCAGCCAGCAACCCCAGCCACCAUUGUAGUUGAUGCAACAGUUGACUUUUUUUUUUUUUUUUUAAU